AUGGAGUCGUCAUAUCUUCAAAAGUACCUUGGGACGUGUCUAACUCAAGGUCUUGCAGAAGUGGCAAGAGUUCGCCCCCAAGAUCCAAUAGAAUAUUUAGCAUUGUGGAUUUACAAGUAUAAGGAAAAUUUAGCCAUGGAACAACGGAGGCAAGAGGAAAUGGUGGAGUUGGAGUAUGAAAGAGAAUUGGCUCGGAAGGAGCAGGAAAUUAUGGAGCGGCUCAAGGCAGAGGAGCUCUUGUUGCAGCAGCAACAGUUGGCAUUACAAAUGGAGCUGGAAAUGCAAAAAAAAGAGAAAGAGAGACUAGAAGAACUUCAGAGAACUCAAGAACAAUUAGAGAAGGAGAUGAGAACAAGUGUGGAAAGUACACCUAAGAGUGAAGAUACUUUUUAUCCAGAGGAAACAUUGCUAGACACAAGCAAAACACUAGCUGAAAUUAGUGAUAGAUAUGGAGCGCCUAACUUGAGCAGAGUAGAAGAACUUGAUGAAACAAUAUUAUCUGACGUUGCCCUAAACAUUGAUCAAGAUUUGUAGGAUCAACCAAUCUAAG